AGUUGAGUCGUGAGUCGAAGUCAACGCGAGUAUAUCGGGCACCCAACGUCGAGCGGGUUGAGAAGAACUAUAGCUGUGCAGGGAUGCGUUAAAAAUCUAGAAAACACUAGAAAAUCAUCACGAAUUCGCAAGUCCGAUCCAUCGACAAGGGAUAUCCGAUCGCCGGGAAUAAGAGAGAGAGAGAGAGAGAGAGAUCGUAGAAAGAAAAAAAAUCGAGGAAAGAAAAAAAAUUCGUUCAAUUUCUCGUUUUUUUUUUUUUUUUUUUCUUCUCUCACGCAUCUUUUCGAAAAGCGAGAAGGGUCGCGUCGGUGGCAUCGUUCGCGCGCGCGCUACGCUGUACAUACGCAUAAAACCGUACCCAUAUAUAUAUAUAUAUAUAUACAUAUUUAUAUAUAUCUAUAUAUCGAAGAAAGCUCUACGCCGUUGUAGAACGUUUUCUCUAAGCAUAUAACGAACAGUCCGACUCCCUCGUCUCUGGAGACCGGACGCCGCGAUGCCACCACUUCUGAUCGGGUUAGUUCUCGUCAUUGUUGGAAUGGAUAACGCCGAGGGUGAGUCGCCACUCGAUAGUCCCCGACCCUUUGGUCAGGGAAAAGCUUCCCGCGCCGAGGAGUUCGAUCGAACCGGUGUGCUGCAACCGGACAGUCAGAUCACCGCCACCCUUCGCCCGGGAAUCCACUCGGAGUUCUAUUACCUGAUACAUCACGAGGGGACACCCUUCACGCUGCUGGUCAGCCCGUGCAGUGGACCCAUAUCGUGGACGGUGAGCUACACUCGGCCACCAGAGAACGAGUCGGAUGCCGAGGGUGCGAACGCUCGAUGGCCGGUGACGAAACUGGUGCCCGGUUCCCCGUUGUUCGCUUACGCCGGUUCGGAGGCGCGAAAUUUUUCAAUGACCAAAGCGAAGGAGGGAGUCUAUCGUUUCGAGAUAAAAUCAACGCCGACGGAGCCGGCGGCCACAGCGGCGAACGAGAGCGCGGAUAAUCGUCAUCGGGGUUUGGACACCGUACGACUUUACGCGACGACCGAGAGCUUGGAGAAUCUCGGUAACAUCGACUUUGGAAACGGCAGGGGACACCGUCGUCAUUUAUUACGAUUUCAACAGCGACGCAGCAAACGACGUCUCGGCGUAUCUUGGAGCUGGAGCCGGGUGGGCCCCAAUCUGACUGAAUACUGCCUGGCCGUGACAUCUGGUCCACGUGAACCUCCGGCCACGUUGUGCGCCGCACAAAAUCUAAUGCAACAAACAUCCACGUGGUUCAAACGCGACCGUGUCGAAACUUCCGGACAUCAUAGACGUCGGUCAAUUCCGGAGGGGCUUCACUGUCCGAGGGAACCGAGGCUCACCCUCAACGGCAUGAGGUUCAAUACCACCUACCGUUUCGCACUUUACGCGCAGGUGAGUACGACCACCAACGUCUCGAGUCGUAUCACCGUCGAGAGUCACAAGUUUCGUAGAAAUCCAACGCAAACUCUGCGCACCGAUCGUCCGGAAACGGCGAAUCUUCGCAAAAAUAGCGGAUCGGUGAACUUUCAAUACCGACCCCGUAGCAAUACGGCAACGAUUUUUCUCGUCCGUUCGUGCGGGGGUGGGUCCUUUCGGGCCCGACUCAAGGGCUCCGGGGUCAUUUUGAGGGACGAAGAAGUCAACGGUAACACCCUCAAACUGAAAGCUCAGCCGUUGGAACCCGGCAAAAGGUACGUCCUCAGGAUAUCGGCGACACCUCAAGAACUGCUGACCGUUUCGACCGUGAAAGUCGUAGCGCGGGAGGAAACUGCGUCCACGUAUCAAAAGGGUCCGAGCAAAAGUCGAUCGCGGGUCAACCGAUUUCCCGGAGGUUCUUCGUGGUCGAAAUCAUCGCGAAGAUUUAAAGUAAAUCGUAGACCGAUCUGCUCUUUUUCGGAUAUCUGAGGAGAGAGAGAAAGAGAGAGAGAUGAAAAAAGAACAAAAACUGAAUGUAUAAUUAACGUCAACGUCAACUUUGACGGGUGAAUGAUUUCACCGCUCACCGAUCCACCUGAUAUCGAAUCAUCAUCGCAUCAUCGGCGUAUCUCCAACUACGUUGUUAUUUAUAACGAUAAUAAUAAUAUUGAACUCGUUCCAUUCACCUUUUUGUUCAAACUUCCAUUUCCGGAUGUUAACGACCGAUUGUCAACGGGUUCGGAUACCAGCGCCGGAAAUUCGUCUUCGAGCAUCAAAAUAUUCUGAACGUUUGAAUGAUGUUUCGAUAUAUUCAUGUAUAUUCUGAUUACAGAAACGAAGCUUGAGAUACGCUGGUGCUUUGAGAGAUGAAAAAAAAGGAAACUGCAAGGAAAAGAAUCGGUAAAAUU